AUGGAGGCUGGGACCAUGUACUUUUCAGCAGAACCAGUACAUUGGUACUUUGUAAUAACCCCCAGACCUUGGCAUAAUCUCAGAAGCCCCGCCACCAUCGAUAUCAGGCCUAAGAGAAAGGCUAAAGGGGAUGCUAAAGGAGAUAAGGCCAAGGUAAAGGACGAACCACAGAGAAGAUCCACCAGGUUAUCAGCUAAACCUGCUCCUCCAAAGCCAGAGCCCAAGACUAAAAAGGAUUCUGGGAAGAAGGGAGAGAAAGUACCGAAAGGGAAAAAGGGGAAAGUUGAUGCUGGCAAGGAUGAGAAUAACCCUGCAGAAGAUGGAGAUGCCAAAACAGACCAGGCACAGAAAGCUGAAUGUGCUGGAGAUGCCAAGUGA